AGGUGGUAUUCUUGAGCGAGCAAUUCAUUUUUAAAUCGAACCAUUAUUUCGCACAUUGAAGGCCAAAUUAUUACUAUAUAAACUGGGGUAAAAGGAUCGGGUCUUCAGACUCUUCAGAUCUUCUCACAAUCAUGAACGCUUUGUUUGUAGCUGUUUUUGCCGCUUUGGCCGCCGCCGCUAGUGCUGGAGGCAUCGGCCACGGUGCUGGGGCUAUCGUGGCAGGGCCCUCCGGAGUGGUGACUCCCUAUGGACCCAUCGGGCCUGCCGGUCAUGGACACGGUCUUGGCUUGGGAUUGGGAUUGGGAUAUGGGCAUGGGGCCCUCGUCGCCGGCCCUGUGGCUCACACUGCCGUCGUUGCUGGACCAGCUCUGGGUCUCGGCUAUGGUUUGGGAUACGGCGGAUUGGGAUAUGGACACGGAUUAGUUGGACUUGGUGCUCACGGGGUUACUGUGAAAGGUCCUGCCACCGUCCCUGCUGUCAUCGCCGGGCCUUCUGGAAAAAUCGUCGCCGACGGCUUGUACGGAGUGCCACACUAUGGACAUUAUGGCCACCACUGGUAAAUUAUGGUACAAAAACAAUCCCACGGUCAGUGACUACAACAUGCGCUUUAUGACCACUUGUGUGUACUUUGUAAAUGCUUAUUUAUGUGUAUUAAUAUAGUACGUGAUGAAUAAUAAAUAAUUAUUGAAUCUGAAAAA